AUGCCGAAGAGAAAGGAACCCACACCCGACCAGGGAUCAGGUGGCAGUCCGUUGACACAGCCAGCUCACUCAGUCCCUUACGAAGUCGUAAUCAAGGUGCUUAGCACUGAGAUUGAUGGAGGUCUUGCUCCCGACGAAGCCAGUCGUCGCCUAGAGCAGUAUGGUCCAAAUAAACUCGAUGAAGGCGAAGGGGUGUCGGUUGUCAAGAUUCUCGUGCGCCAGGUGGCCAACGCAAUGAUGCUAGUGCUGAUUCUGGCCAUGGCGGUCAGUUUCGGAAUUAAGUCGUGGAUUGAGGGUGGAGUAAUCUGCGCUGUCAUCGUCUUGAAUAUCGUGGUUGGGUUCUUCCAGGAAUACGCUGCGGAGAAGACUAUGGAGUCGUUACAUUCACUUUCGUCGCCGACAGGGACUGUCUCGAGAGGUGGACACACGUUCUCGGUUCCAUCGUCGGAGAUCGUCCCGGGUGACAUGGUCGAACUCAGGACUGGGGAUACUGUUCCAGCGGAUAUUCGCCUGGUUGAAGCAGUCAAUUUCGAGACCGAUGAAGCACUUCUUACCGGCGAGUCUCUUCCAGUACAGAAAGAAUGUGACACGACAUUCAAAGAGGAUAUUGGGCCCGGAGACCGUCUGAAUAUUGCUUAUAGCUCGAGCACAGUCACUCGUGGUCGUGGUCGUGGUGUCGUCUUCAGUACAGGCAUGUUCACAGAGAUUGGCUCCAUUGCUCUCGCGCUGCGGGCUAGUGGUAGCAAGCGCCGCCCUGUCAAACGUGAUCAAAACGGCGAGACCAAGAAACGGUGGUAUGUCCAGGCUUGGACACUCACGGGGACCGAUGCCGUGGGUCGAUUCCUCGGUGUUAAUGUCGGAACUCCUUUACAAAGGAAGCUGUCAAAACUCGCCUGCUUACUUUUUGGAGUUGCUGUUCUUUUUGCCAUUGCAUGUAUGGCUGCAAAUCUGUUCAGCAGCAAUACCGAAGUUAUCAUGUAUGCCGUUGCCACCGGUAUUAGUAUGAUACCGGCGUGUCUUGUGGUCGUGCUUACCAUCACUAUGGCUGUGGGUACCAAGCAUAUGGUCCAGCGGAACGUAAUUGUUCGCAAGCUAGACUCGUUGGAAGCACUCGGUGCCGUUACCGAUAUAUGCUCCGAUAAAACUGGCACGUUGACUCAGGGCAAAAUGGUGGUGAAAAAAGCAUGGAUUCCGUCUUGCGGGACAUACUCUGUUGGUACAUCCAACGAGCCAUUCAAUCCUACCAUUGGGGAUAUCACCUUUACUCCUCUAUCCCCUUCAGACUUUGAUGAUGAAAAGGAAGGCGCCGCUGUGGAGAAUGCAGAGGACCUGGUAUCAGGGAACCGCCAGCUUGAGGACUUUCUGAAUGUCGCAGCUAUGGCUAACCUUGCACAUAUAUACAAAUCUGAAGAGGGCGAAUGGAGCGCACGUGGUGAACCGACAGAAAUUGCUAUUCAAGUAUUUGCAUCGAGAUUCAACUGGAACCGCGACCGCUGGACAAAAGGCCAGAAUAUACUUUGGCACCAAAAGGCUGAAUUUCCAUUCGAUUCGACUGUGAAGAAGAUGUCUGUGAUUUUCGACAAAGCUUCCCUAAAAGACGGGUGCACAAUGGUAUUUACCAAGGGUGCUGUUGAGCGUAUUGUUGAUUCGUGCACCUCUGUGAUUUGGGACCAAGAUUCGUCCACACCCCUACCAAUAACAGAUGACCACCGCAAAAAGAUCUAUCAGAAUAUGGACGACUUGGCAAAGUUGGGACUUCGAGUACUGGCUCUAGCUCAUCGACCGUACACUGGCCAGACACAAUUGCUUGAAGACUCUGACCUGGAACGUGAGAGUGUGGAAAGUAAUCUGUGCUUUCUUGGGCUGAUUGGGUUGUAUGAUCCUCCUCGACCCGAGACAGCAGACUCUAUCCAGGCCUGCUACCGAGCUGGUAUAGUUGUUCAUAUGGUCACAGGAGAUCACCAUGGAACUGCCAAAGCAAUUGCACAGCAGGUUGGAAUCCUUCCUUCCGAUUUCAGCUCUGUAGCAGCUGAUGUCGAGGAUGCCAUGGUCAUGACUGCUAGUCAGUUUGACAAGCUCACCGAUGAGCAGAUAGAUGCCCUUCCUACUCUUCCCUUGGUGAUCGCACGCUGCGCUCCUCAAACCAAGGUACGCAUGAUCGACGCCCUUCAUCGGCGUCGCCGCUUCGUGGCGAUGACCGGAGAUGGAGUGAAUGACUCCCCAUCCCUUAAGCAUGCCGACGUGGGUAUCGCUAUGGGACAGACGGGAUCGGAUGUCGCCAAAGAUGCCUCUGAUAUUAUUCUAACAGACGACAACUUCGCUUCGAUUCUGAAUGCCGUCGAGGAGGGUCGUCGUAUCUUCGACAAUAUUCAGAAAUUUGUGCUUCACUUGUUGUCUGAAAACAUCGCCCAGGCCUGUACCUUACUGAUUGGAUUGGCUUUUAAAGACGCUGACAACCAAUCUGUGUUUCCUCUUUCACCGGUCGAGAUCCUCUGGAUUAUUAUGAUUACAUCGGGUAUGCCAGACAUGGGCCUCGGUAUGGAGAUAGCUGCAUCUGACAUUAUGGACCGGCCUCCUCAAAAUAAGCAAGGCAUCUUCACAUGGGAGGUAGUGGUUGAUAUUCUUGUGUAUGGUAUCUGGACAGCAGCCCUUUGUCUGACGGCAUUCUCCGUACGAAUGUGGGGUUUUGGAGACGGUAACUUGGCCCGUGGCUGCAAUCAAGAGUGGUCAGAUCAUAUCACAGAUUGCGAACUGGUCUUCCGAGCGCGAGCCACCACAUUCGUGUGUUUAACAUGGUUCGCGCUGUUCCUAGCCUGGGAAAUGGUCGAUAUGCGCCGAUCUUUCUUCCGCAUGCAACCAAAAUCCAAGAGGUACUUUACCCAAUGGAUGUACGAUGUUUGGAGGAACAAGUUCCUUUUUUGGUCCAUCAUGGCGGGAUGGAUUACGAUGUUCCCUAUCCUCUAUAUCCCUGUGCUGAACGAUGUUGUGUUCAAGCACAAGCCUAUAACAUGGGAGUGGGGUAUUGUGGCAGUCGAAGUGGUUCUGUUCUUCAUUGGCGUCGAAUUCUGGAAAUGGGCCAAGCGGGACUUUUUCCGUCACCGAGCCAGGAGGGCUUCGGGUUUAGCUUCAGCGGGGGACGAGCCUGAGCGGCCCUAA